GAGUUGUUGUGUUGGUAACGAAUGAAGUGAAAAUUGGCAAGCGUGAUAAUCUAGGCGAAAUUCGGGUCGCACAUCAGUUUUGAAAAGUGUUCUUAAAAAUCAUCGGAAAAAAUUGGUUAGCGAGAGGGAAAAUCGAGCGCUUCGUCUCGUCAUGGACGGUAGGCCGAAGGCUUAUCUCCUCCGAGUCAACGGGGAUGAAAAAAUCAACAUCCAUACGUCUCCUUUCACAAUUGGAAGAGGCCUUGACUGUAACUAUGUCAUUACGAGCAAACUGGUAUCUAGGAAGCAUUGUACAUUUUCUCAAACGGAGGAGGGAUGGGUCCUUACAGAUCAGAGUACAAAUGGGACAAUAUUAAACAGAAAUGUCCUGCAAGCUGGAAAUGUUAGUCCAGUAUUGAGGGAAGGGGAUGAAAUCACAUUGGGCACUGCUCCGUUGAUUUACAAGUUUCAUCCUGUAAUCGAAGCCGGAUACAUAACAGACGAGCAGCUAUGCAAUUUUGCCGAUCGUGUCGCUGCUCAAAACAGCAAACGCACCGUCGACAACGAAAAUCAACCGACGUUAGUCAAAACCAAGAAGAAACUAAAGACUGAUAACUUGCCGAAUCGAAAUGCGAACGAAGUGUUGGUGGUGCCGGACGACGAUCCUCCUGCCGAAAGUGCUUCGGCUCAGCAACCAGAAGUAGGAGAAGCGCAAGCCGAGAAGAACGAAAACACGAUGGAGGUGAUGGAGGACGAGAUGACCUGCAGCAUCUGUUCCGAAUUGUUCGUGAAAACGAUGACGUUGAACUGUUCGCACAGUUUUUGCAAAUCGUGCAUCAACACGUGGAUGCUAAACAAGAAAAUCUGUCCGAUCUGUCGUACGCCCAUCAAAGAUCUACAUCCCACUAUAGUGUUGGACAAUUUCAUCGAGAAGAUGGUGUCGAGGGCGUCGGAGGAGGUGAGGGAGCAUCGCAGGCAGAUCGUCGAGGCUCGUAAACAGCAGGAGAAGGAAGCUACAAGCAAAGAGCCCAAAGAGAGAAAUGCUCGCAGACGUCGACGCAACAACAAUCGCAACGGCGAUCAACCAUCUGUGAUCGUCGUCGUUAACGAGGACAGCGACGAAGGAGACGAGGAGGAGGACGAGGACGACGACGAUGACGACGAUGAUGACGACGACGACGACGACUACGAUUCCCUGAACGAUUUCGACAAUGAAUACGAUGAUGAGGAAGAGAACUGGGCCGUCGAAUAUUUGAACGACGACUGGUACGAUCGGCAGGAGAUGCGCAUGAGCAACGGUUACUACGGUGGUUACGGGGCGUGUUACUCCUGCGGCGAAACGGGCCACUGGGCGAACAGCUGCCCGAACCGUAGGAGACAUUGAAUGUGUACGGUUUAUAAAAUAUAUAUUUACUUUCAUGUUUAUAUUUGUUUGUCACCCGAGAUGACUUUUAGUUUGUACCAUUAUUUUAAAUCGAUUACUACAUAUUGUUUUCUUUA